UCAGAGAAAUCAGCAAGCUACCGAGAGUAUCCUGCCUGCACAGAAGAGCCUGGGAAGCUCCCUGUGGCAUAUUCAAUAUAGAAAAUACAGUAACAGCCUUUCCAGCGGUGACGGCCUCCCCACGAGAACAUGCCUCUCACCAAGGACCUCCUUCACCCCUCACCGGAGGAGGAGAAUCGGAAGCACAAGAAGAAGCGGCUGGUGCAGAGCCCCAACUCCUACUUCAUGGACGUCAAGUGCCCAGGAUGCUAUAAGAUCACCACCAUCUUCAGCUAUGCACAGACCGUGGUUCUGUGUGUCGGCUGCUCCACAAUCCUCUGCCAGCCCACGGGCAGGAAGGUAAGGCUUACAGAAGGAUGCUCCUUCAGACGGAAGCAGCACUAA